AUGACAACUCUUGGUCCAUCCCUCGUAUUCCAAAAUGCCUACCAGCUAUCCAGCAUACUAGACAAACACCCUUCUCUGUCUCUGUCUCUGAAGUUGCGUGGAAGUACCGACCGACUGAUUUCGUACACAGUCUGUACUAUCAGACAGCUUAUCCAAUGCUCAAAUCAAAAAGCAUCAUAUCAACACAUGCUUCUUCCUGACCUUCACACCUUUAUCCGGCAUGUCUAUCGUCAAUGUCGUCUGACGCCAACUGUACUAGUGAUUGCUCUCAUCUAUCUCUUGCGAUUAAAGAAGAAUCUACAUAGUAAUGCGCGAGGAGAGUACGAUACUCCUUACAAGUUUUUUCUUGCGUCUGUAAUGGUGUCUUCAAAAUACAUUGAGGAUUGUGUGACUCAUGCACCAUCAAUUUAUCGCAUUGUAUCACCACUCUAUAUUCCUCAGGAACUCAAUGCUAUGGAGCGCAGCUUUUUGGGUGUACUAAAGUUUGAUCUUUAUGUCGACAUUGUAGACCUCUACAACUUUGUAGACAAGCGCCAGGAGGUCCUUGGUUUGGAACUGGGCCUAAAAUGAAAUGUACAAGCGGUUUAUUGAUCGACACACGAGAGACCUUUCCAUACACACAUACAUACAAUACACAAUACACAUUAUACUCCACUCAGUGCGCCCAGUGCACAAUCUAUUAUAUAUAUAUAUAUAUAUUAACUAUCAUCACCAAGCAUUUUAUCCUGUAAUAUCCUCAUUUUCUUUUAUUAAAUUCUUACAAUCAAUACAUAUUAUUCAUAUUCAUAUUCUUGU